GCCCAUCCUCCAAAGUUCCAAAGUUCUGCCCAGCCAGGAAAAAAGGGAAACCGAGUGUCAGAUAGUAACCGUGCACCGAUGUUCCCGGGUAACUCUGUACAUCGGAUACCCCGUAGGAGUUAAGAGAGGCUGCUGGACGGUUAGGGAGGCACCAUGGACAGUCAGGAGGUGGCAGCCAUGUUGGAGGAUUGUCACAGGGCCGCUUCUGCAGCUGGGCUGGCAGUGGCCGAGUCCACAGAAGAAAAGCUCAACGUCCAGAAGUACAGAGAGUCCCUGCCUGGGGAGCUGAACAGUCUAUUGCAGGAAGCAGUGGAAAUGCGCUGGCCCUUUGUACCAGAGAAAUGGCAGUACAAGCAGUCAGUCGCCUCCCAGGACAAAGUCAACCUGAGUGACUUCAUCAGUCGGCAUCUACCGCAGCUACUGGCACUGCUGAAGGUGUCCAUCUUGACUGGGGAGCCCCAGUGGGCGGUGGCUGUGGUCUUCCUGGUGGAUCGGUUCCUUUACUGGACGGACGAGUCGAGCCGGCUGCUGAAGAUCACCAAGCUCCUGCACAGGCGCUACCCGGGAACGCCCAUCGCCCCCCAGCUGAUCAUACGACAGGCCAGGGUCUACCUCAACGACGGAAAACUGCAGAAGGCGGAGUUCAUACUGAGCAGUCUCAUCAACCGCAGCGGAACAACAGGUUGCUGGGUUUAUCACUCGGCCAGUGACCGGACCCUCAUACAGGCGGUCAGUGUGCAGGUGCGUGGACAGGUUCUACAGAAACUGGGACUGUGGCUGGAGGCCGCUGAGCUGAUCUGGGCCUCUCUGGUUGGCUAUUAUGCUCUGCCCCAGCCUGAUAAAAAGGGCAUUGGAACAUCCCUCGGUAUUCUGGCCAACAUUUUGGUGUCUAUGAACGAUCAAGACUUCCAUGUGUUCCAGAACAAUCCAGACUUCGACUUGCGGUGUUUCCUUGGUGACAGCAGCCAUCGUCUCCUCUCAGCAGCUGAGGCAGCUAAGAUGUCACUGGUCUACAGCCAGUACGUCAGGCUUUAUGUAUUGACCAGCGCCGUCACACAGGGAACCUGUUUGAUGUCCUACAGUUUCUCAGUGGAAUGUCCCACCUUGGAAAAGCGCUCCUUCCUCCUCCAGGCUAAAGAGGCCUUUGAGAUUGGCCUGCUCACCAAAACAGACAGCGACAUGGUCACUAGCAAACAGGAGCUCCACAGCUUCCUCAAGGCGGCCUACUCCCUGGCUGUCAUUCACAAGUGGCUGGGUACCCCCAAGGAGACAGUGGACCGGGCCAGAUUGUUAUGCAGGGAGUCUUUGGAGAAGUUCUAUGCCUACUGCCAGGGAGACAGCACUAAGAGAGACGCACUGUGCACUGAAAUUAUGAGUCUGAUAACCCGGGUAAAGAAUCUACUACGGGUCGAACCAUUCCUGAACUCGGACCAGGGGUCUUUCAUCCCAGAUAGCUACAGAGAAGUGGUGGAGGAGAGAGUGGUGCGGUUCACUCCAGAUGGUUUCUCCCGGGUGAUGGAGAGGUUCAGCCAGUAUCACGCCUCAGUGUGUGAGGCCUCUGAGGCGGGCUGUAGGAGGAAGUGUGAGGGGCCUCUUUCAGGUCUGUGUAUAACAGCCCUGGGGACCACAACAGAGCCUUACACGGAGUAUGCCACAGAGAGCGCCAAGUCCUUAAAAUCCACACAUAAAGACGAUUUACACCGAGACAAAGCAUCGAAUGCUGCUAUUCUGCCUUCAAAGUCCCCUCUGGAGCUGGAGGUCCUUACAACACUGGGUAGCACUGAGGAUGGACAAAGCUUUAGCUCGAGCAAAAACGAGGCCAAAUCACUGAUUAGCAGCCUCGGAUCCUCAUUUGAAAAAGUGUCCCUGAACAGCUCGGGGUUUUUUCUUGUCAGCAGUGGCAACAAAGAUUGGCGUGGUCAGAAUGAGGACGACGGGAAGUAUCUGUGUGGUCCAGACUGUCCCACCGAGUUCAGCGAAGAUGGGUUGGACAGUUGCUCGGAACGUAAAAGCAUGACCGGGGAAAGAAAUGGUCUCACUCAGGCUGGGUCACACUCUUCCCUGCGGGUCGCCCCCUCUUCCUCCGCCCACACAGGAAGUGGCGGCGAGCACUUCGAGAUGCUGGACGAGCAGAGCCUGAUCGAGACCUUGGAGACGGACGGACACGGCGCAGUGACACAUUCGGGGUCGGGGACUUCUUCCUUCGGCUCCCUCGGCGAAAGCUUCAGCUCCCAGUCGUCAUCGGAGAAACUGCCUCUGUACGACAGAGACGGUUUCAGGCAGAGACAGGCAGCGGUGCCGCAAAUAUGUUCUAAUGGCCCGGCUCCAGUGAGUGAACACAGGGGAUGUCUCUCCUCCGUCUCCCCCGAUGCGGAGACAGAAGAUGGCCCCGAAUCUAACUUUAUGGGGCCUGACCGCAAAGCAGCCCAUCAAAACGGACCACCACAGCUGGGACCCAGGGGCCUCAUCCCAGAGCCGUGUCUCUCCACAGAACUAGAAAGCUCAUUUGAGAUGAUAGAGAAAGAGGUGGUCAACAAUAAUGAACCAGCUGAAGAAAAGGGGCAGAUUUCUCAUCAACGUAACCCAUCGUGCUACACCUGUUUAAAGCACGGCAUCGUGGGUAGUGUAGUGCCUGAGCGACAGUACGUAUUAACAGACCAGGACUACACUGCCCUCCUGGCUGGAAUGUGUCAUGGCUGUCUGUUAAAGAGACUUCAGAGUGACAGGAAAUUCAAGCUUGGGAAGCAGAAAAGCGCCUACAGUGCUCUCCUGCUGAAGUACUCCAGGGCCGCUGGGCUGUGGGUCGCCAGGGAGACGUAUGUCUACAUCGGGGAGCCAAUAGGGAAAAAGGGCCAACAGAGAACGGCAUUAUGGGUACAGUUUCUACACCAGGAGGAGAGGCUGAGCAGUUAUGUAGGGAAGGAGUACUUAGAACCCAAGGGUAUCCAGUUCCAUCUGAAUGACGUGGAGAGACAGAUGACAGCCCAGUACUAUGUGACCGAGUUCAACAAGAGACUCUACAAGGAGAAAGUCACCGCUCAGAUCUUCUUCAUUCCGUCGGAGGUGUUGCUGAUCAUGGAGGGGGAUGAGGUGGUGGACUGUGUUACAGUGGAGCCUUACAUGUUGGGGGACUUUGUCAAACUCACCAACAACACUACGAAGGUGGACAAGCGUUUCAAGGCCUGGGAAUAUGGCGUAGCCUUCGGACACUUCACCUACCAGUUCUCUGGCUGCGAGGAGGUUGUCGUGGACCUGCAAGGUUGGGUGACUGCCAAUGGGAAGGGUCUGACGUACCUAACAGACCCCCAGAUCCACUCUCUCAGGACCCCGAAGGGUUCCACUAAUUUUGCUGAGAGGGGGAUCUGGUAUUUCCUGAAGGACCAGCAUGGAUCAAAUUGCAAUGAUAUAUGUAACCUACUGUCACUGGACAAACUGCAGUAACAUGCCGUGAAACCAGUCAAUGUCCAAUCAAGUGUGUGUGUGUGUGUUUCUGACAUAACUAUAUAACAGAGACAAAAAUGUCCGCAAACUGUAGUUAAAACAGAAAAAGGUCACCAAAAGGCAUUACCAGUUAAGUUUACAUUAAGGCUAGGUUACAUGUUAUUGUGGUUAGGUGGAGGUUACAGUAGGGGUUAUGAUUAAAAGUAGGAUUUUAACUUUAGUGUCCCCAUAUAGAUAGUAAAUAAGUAAAUAUGUGUGGUUGUGUAUAUGUUUACUAGGACUCUAUGACAACUCCCAAACAACAUUGUUUUUGCCCCAAAUUAUGUGCAUUGCAAUCCCCUACUACAAUGCAAAAUGCACAUUCUGAUCUAUUAGACCUGAGCUGAUCUAGUGGUAAGACAGCAUUGUCAUGGAACACAUUGAAUAGCAUGUGAUCUAAUUUGGGGAAAUGAAAAUUGGACCAACCCCAAAACCAUUUACCAACCCAACCUCAGAAAACUGUUUAAAUUGAAGCUUAUAAGUAGGAAAAUCUCAUUGUCUACAGGUUUUUAAAUUGUCACAGAUUUUUUUAUAAAUCGUAAUAAAAGGUGUACCAUGCAGACGCGUGUGAAUUUGUGAAUUAGUUUUUUGCAUGUCCCACUUUUCCUGAAGCACCCCGGGAGAGAAGGUUCACAACCAGGGGAUUUUGGAAUAUUUUUUAUCAAACAGACAUACUAUAAAAGGGCAGAAUCAUGUACAUGAGACACACUCACUGGCUACUUUUUUAGGAACACUUGCUUGCUGGAUUGGGGUUCAAUUCCAUAAAGGAGAACAUUGUACACGAAUGGACACAUUUUAGUUAAGUUUGGUAUUAUAAUCCUGUCUUGUUACAUGAGACGGUCUGAGCAAAAGGCUUGAUAGCCGAAGCAAAAAAAAAAAUGGCGAAAGAGCACAUCUUGUCCCUCGGCGGAAGUUAAAUCAUGUUGACAGCGAUUAAUUGGUGAGUGUUGUACUGCAGGGUUCCUGGAUAGAAGUUUCAUCCAUUUUAAGAACAUGUCCUAAAUGGUACAUUUGUGUAGAACCACUAGUAGGGUCAUUCUACUGGAUCAAAAUAAUUUUUUAACGACCACAUUAGGUAAUCUAGGGAAAGUGCAUUAGGUAAUCUAGGGAAAGUGCAUUAGGUAAUCUAGGGAAAGUGCACUAUGUUGAAGAGAAGCCUAAGCUUUAAAAAUAUAUUCUGGUUGGGUGUGAAGCCAGACAUGACUUUACAGUGACCCUACAUUCUGUUGAAAGCAAUCAAACGGGACAUAUGUGUAAGUUCUGUCUCCAGCUCGCCUUAGACCACAGCACCAAUCUCCUGAACGCAGCUCAGCCCCGAGAUCACAAUCACCAGAAUUCUAAUCACCUGUUCCUCAUUAGUAACCACUGUUUAGUUCCGUUUUUUGCACGUUUUUCUUUGUGAGGCAUUGUUUGUGCCGUCAUGACUUUACUAAGCCUUUCUUGAAGUACGAUGCAACAUUAGUGUACCGACCUGUUUGCUUUAGACUCUAAUUCCUAGCUUGAUUCCUUACCUAUCAUGGCUGUUGCUUCUAGCCUGACCCUCCUGCACUUUUGCCUGACCUUUGUUUAUUCCCUGUGUAUGACCUUCUGCCUGCUGUUUGACCCUGGUACCAGCCUCCUCCUAUGGUACAUUAUUGAAUAAACACCUGCUGCACCCUGCGCUUGAAACCAGCACUUCCUCUCCCAUUGUAUUCAUUACAAUAUGAAAAGCCAAAAUGCAGCUGGGUUUU